AUGGACGCAAGCACUAAGGUUAAGAAAGGAGCUGGAGGAAGGAAGGGAGGAGGACCAAGGAAGAAGUCCGUCACCAGAUCUGUUAGAGCCGGACUUCAGUUUCCCGUCGGAAGAAUCGGUCGGUUUCUGAAGAAAGGAAGAUAUGCUCAGCGUGUUGGUACUGGUGCUCCUGUUUACUUGGCCGCUGUUCUCGAAUAUCUUGCUGCUGAGGUUCUUGAGUUGGCUGGUAAUGCUGCACGUGACAACAAGAAGAAUAGAGUUAGUCCAAGGCAUUUGUUGUUGGCUGUGAGGAAUGAUGAAGAACUUGGUAAAUUACUUGCCGGUGUUACCAUUGCUCAUGGUGGUGUCCUUCCUAACAUCAACCCUGUUCUUUUGCCCAAGAGGACCGAAAAUGCUUCUGCAAAGGAACCUAAAUCUCCAUCCAAGGCCAAGAAAACCCCCAAGAAAGCUUAG